AUGACCUCUGCUGUGGCACAGAUAGGGACGAAUGGUGCCGGAGCUUCCGGGGACAGUCCAGAGCUGAGGGCACCCUGCACAGACGCUGCGUCGUCGCUGGAGGUGCGGGUGAACGACCGCGUGUUGCGGGUGUCUGCGGCCGAUCCAGAGGCUCUUUACGAGGAGUUGCGGGAGCAGGUGGCUUCAGCUUGGAACUUUGCCAGAGAAACUGUGAAACUGAUCGCACAAGGACGUGUUCUUCGCACUGGGGACGCGCUCCUCGCGGCUGUUCAGAAGCAGCAACCGCUUCGCGUCAUCGGCACGGCUUCGUUUGCACUGGAGCGCGUUCAACUCGCUCGACCAGACCCGCUUGUGCGGCCGGCGGAUUUUGACGGGCCUGGACGGCGUCCGGCUCGGCCGUUCGAUGGCGAGCUGUAUCCGCGCGCACCGGUUGGGAGCUGCUCGCGUUGGGGCUUCUCCGAGCUUCGGGUGCUCGGGAACUUUGCCGAUGCUCAUCAGGCCCAUUCUUUGUUAGAACAGCUGGCUAGAGAUCCCGGUGUUAAUUACGUUAUGCAGAAAUGGCACUGGCGAGUGGGUGCACUCUGUGAAAUGGCUCCUGACGGUCGAGUCGGCGUCGAUCCGGUUUGCGUCCUUGGACUGAAUCAAGGUCGCGGUGCUGCGAUUUAUCUGCGAUUGCGAACCGAUGAUUUGGCCGGAUUUCGCCGAUAUGACGCUAUUCGGGAAGUACUGGCACACGAGCUUGCGCACAAUGAGCACGCAGAGCACGAUUCCAGGUUUUAUAAACUGAUGCGAGAGAUCUUGAGCGAGAUGAAUCGACGUGAUUGGCGUCGAUUGAAGGGCUUCAGACUCGGCUCAGGAAACGCGGGCGCUCGAUAG